AUGUUGCUCAACAUGAUCUUGCAAGCGCUGCUGCCGCUGCGAUUCGUUGCUCAGGCUUUCGCAGCACCAGUCCUGUCAGGGACAUGCUCGCCAGUUGCGCCAGUGAUUCGGGUCAUCACGGGCUUCCCAUCCUCAACGCCAUUUUGCUCGUCAUGGCUAGGCAUUGCGACCAAGACAUCAACCUCGACUGUGACUUCGCUCCAGAGUACUACCACGACAAUCACUUCGACCAACACUACGCGCACAGUCACAGCUGCUGUCUCCACGUCUACCGCGUCAGCAGUGGUCGUGCAGGGUGCUACACAAACCACAACCGUGACGGCGAGUCCUGUGACUAUCACGACGCGUCCAGUUGUGGUCACGGCACAGGCUACCACGAUAACUCUCACAGCACCCGCAGUAAACCAGACUGGUACACUGACCAUAACCAUUACAAACGCACCAGUGACGUCCACGGCUGCCACGAAAGUCUUUGUUGCCGACACUGUCACCAGCACCAUCACUGCUGCAGCGUUCACCGACGAUUCACAGACGACUACCAUUACCGAUGCACCAGUCACCGUGACUGCUGCUACCCAGACUGUUGCGGCCCCUAUGAGUAGCAUUACGCUGAUCGCGGACGCUGCCACCUUCACUGAUGGUACUCUCACCAUUACUGCCGACGAGGUCACCAUCACGGAGCCUACACGGGUCAUAAUUGCAGAGCCGACAACGGUGACGAUAACUGCAGAGCCGACUACCAGCACGCUGGAGACUCUAGUCAUCACUGCUGAAACGAGAACCAUCACACUUACCGCCGAUCCUGCCUCGCUCACUAAUGGAACGCUCGUACAGACCGCAGACACGAGCUUCGUGACCGUGACUGGUGACGCCGUCACUUUCACUGCCGCAACUUCUGUCGUCUCUGCCGAGGCAAUCACGCCCACCCGGACACAGAAGACCACUGUUACCACUGUCAAUUUCCAUAAGCGACAAGUCAAAAGUAGUUCGACAGUAUCAGCAACACCAACUCUUCCCUCGGCGCUCCGAGCUCUAGCAACAGUCGCUGCAACAGCCAUCUCCUCGGCAUGUCGUUGCUUCAAUAUUCCAACACCAACGAUCACUCAGACUACCACUACCAAGCCGAUCACAACCAUCACUCGGACUUCUAACGUUGCCGCAACAGUGACCACAACACCGAACCCCUCCGUGGUUGUCACACCUCGCGAGACGGUAACUCCAACAUCGACUGCAUACACAACGCCUACUGUAAUCAUCACCCCUACCAGUACAUUCACUCCGACCGUGUACCAGACCCCUCUCUCCACGAGCAUUCCUUUGACGACUGUCCACACGACUCCGACUGUGUACGUGACUCCAAAACUUACGUCGACACCGACAGUCCUCGUCACAGCGACAGCACACGAAACACCGCUUCACACGGAAAAUGUCACUCCAACUGUGACUGUCACGGCUCUCACGACUCGCACGCCAUCCGCCUUCAUCACGCCGCUAUUUACCACUGUGCCUGAAGCUACUGCGCACACGACACCGACGAUCUUCGUCACGCCAUCAAGCACAUACACUCCGACAGUCUUUGCCACUCCGCUCUCGACAGUGGUUCCAGAGUCGACAGUCUAUACCACCCCAACUGUCUACGUCACAAUCACCAGCACAACGACAUCUUUGCAAACAGUUCUUGUGACUCCGGCGACAACUAUCACGCCACUUCGGACAGUGACACCCACAUCGGCCAUCACAGUCACCCAGACAAUCCGUGUGUCACCGGCUCCAGUCGCAAAUUGCUCCUCAGAUGGAACUGUCUACACAGCCCGCGAUGGGGCUCGAUUUACCCUAACUUGUCAAUCUGACAUGAGAGGCAACAAGAUGCCAGGCAUUCCCAUCUCUCCCGCGGACAACUUCGAGAGCUGCAUCGAUCGAUGUGUCAAUGAGGGCGUAAAUUGUCUCGCCGCUCGAUGGGUCCCGGGCACCAAGAUGCGCAGGUUCCUCAGAUACCCUCACCAAUGGCGAUUUUUCCAGUGGGUUGAAUGGCUGGACAGCUUUGGACCGAACACCAUAUGUGGGGACAUUCCCUGGUCGAACGCCAAUGGAAUGGCAUCGCUGUACCUGCCGCUAUGCCAGUACACUCUCUACCACUAUCUGCGAUCGACUCUAAUCCUCGACGUUGGCGCAUCCUGGACUUUCAGCGCCGACGUGGACAUAACAGCUCACGCCGCUGCCACGGGUUCCAGCUGGGAAUGCGCAGCGUACUUCGAUGGCUUGGGCCUGAGUGAUCCGUAUGUGAUCCUGGGUAAGCCUACAAAUGGACAAACAAUCAAGAGGACUGUCGUGACCAAUGGCAAGAUGACUGCGAAUGGACGCAGAGAAUUCUCUAUUGGCGGCAACUGUGGCGGUGUAGGGAGACCGCCAGUCACCAUAGCUAUCGACAACAUCAGAAUAUCGACAAUUGCAGCAGCAGUCGGCUCUAGCCCGACUGAGUUCGAGCCCAUACAGAUUCUGAAGAACGGCGACUUUAGCGGAACAAGUCUUGAACCAUGGGCAGCCUAGCCUUCUCUCGGCACCAAUCAAACUUUGAAGCUUGUAGACGGCGCUGCUGUCGCGCAAAUGUCUCCCUCCAUUCACAUCUCGGACAACUACUCAGAACUUCGGAAUCAUCCAACGCAACCUUCAAGCAUUUGAAAUCGGCCAAACGGCUCGUGUGAAUGGAAAAGCCACGGUCAAGUUUCCAGGGGACAUUUUUACCAGCUGUACUGUAAGUUUCGCGGUUGGUUCGACGACAGUUUGGAAUUCGCCCAAUGUCAACACUACAUCAUCAUUCGAUGUGGAUGCCCGGAAGACUUUGGAAUACGACGGCUCUCAGUUUAUUGGACGAUUCUUCUGCUCGGCGCCUUUCCCAAUUCAACCUGCCGCGCCACAGGUCACAUUCGAUGAUCUCACAGUCACGAUAAACGGCUGAGGGUAUGCAUGUCAGUACGAUCUGAUUUGCUUAGUGCGUUAUGACUACGAUCUGUCUGCGCUACAACGCUGCAAUUCUUC